CGAUCCAGAUGCCUACCCUUACCCAAUGCUGUUGAUAAAAUCAGGAUGGCUUUAAACUCAGGGCCGUCCCCGAGCGUCGGGCCUUACUAUGAAAACCACGGAUACCAACCCGAAGCCCUCUACCCAUCGCAGCCGGCCGUGGCUCCCAAUGUCUACGCUGCGUAUCCAGCUCAGUACUACCCGUCCCCGGUGCCCCAGUACACCUCCAGGGUCCCCACGCACACUUCGACACCUGGCAUCUACCGGCAGCCCAAGCCCCCUCCGGGGACAGUGUGUACCACAAGGGCCAGGAAAGUCCUGUGUGUCACUCUUGUCCUCGGGACCUUCCUUGUGGUCACUGUGAUAGCUGCUGUCCUGGCCUGGAAGUUCUUGGAGAACAAGUGCUCCGCGCACGAGAUGGAGUGUGGCUCCUCGGGGACGUGCGUCAGCCCCUUCUUCUGGUGUGAUGGCAUCGCGCACUGCCCCAACGGCGAGGACGAGAACCAGUGUGUUCGCCUCUACGGACCCAACUUCAUCCUCCAGGUCUACUCGCCGGAGCGGCAGGCCUGGCACCCCGUGUGCCAGGAUGACUGGAAUGAGCACUUCGCCAGGGCGGCCUGCAAGGACAUGGGCUAUAAGAACAGCUUUUAUUCCACGCGGGGGAUCGCGGACGACAGCGGUGCCGCGAGCUUCAUGAAGCUGAACGCGAGUGCUGGCACCRCCGACCUCUAUAAAAAGCUCUACCACAGUGAUAGCUGCUCCUCAAACACAGUGGUUUCUUUACGCUGCGUGGAGUGUGGUGGCCCCUUUCUGCGGCGCCAGAGCAGGAUCGUGGGUGGAUCCAACGCCAACCUGGGCAACUGGCCCUGGCAGGUCAGCCUGCACGUCCAAGGCGUCCACGUCUGCGGAGGCUCCAUCAUCACCCCUGAGUGGAUUGUGACCGCUGCCCACUGCGUGGAGGAGCCUCUCAACAGCCCGCGGUACUGGACAGCAUUCGCAGGCCUUCUGAGACAGUCCUCCAUGCUCUAUGGAAGUGGAUACCGGGUGGAGAAAGUGAUCUCUCACCCCAAUUAUGAUUCCAAGACCAAGAACAACGAUGUUGCGCUUAUGAAGUUGCAGACACCGCUGACGUUCAAUGACAGGGUGAAGCCCGUGUGCCUGCCCAAUCCUGGCAUGAUGCUGGAGGCACAACAGCCAUGCUGGAUCUCGGGGUGGGGGGCCACCUAUGAGAAAGGGAAGACCUCGGACGUGCUGAACGCUGCRAUGGUGUACCUCAUUGAGCACUCGCGCUGCAAUAGCAAAUAUGUCUACAAUAACCUCAUCACGCCGGCCAUGAUCUGUGCUGGGUACCUGCAGGGCAGCAUCGACUCCUGCCAGGGGGACAGUGGAGGGCCGCUGGUCACUUUGAAGAAUGAAGUCUGGUGGUUGAUUGGGGACACGAGCUGGGGAUCUGGGUGUGCCAAGCCUAACAGGCCCGGAGUGUACGGAAACAUGACGGUGUUCACAGACUGGAUCUACCGACAGAUGAGGGUAACUUCCUGUCCUUUCCACGGGGUUUUCGUCUCCUUGWGAGGGGGCCAGCUUCUGCUGUGGCAAGCUG